AUGACGCGGGAGGGCGCGGGCGGCGGCGCGGCGGGCGGCGGGCGGCCCUCGCCCCGCCGUGGCGCGGCGCAGGCGGCGGGCGGCCCCGCGCCGCACGACGAGCGGCGGCGGGCCGAGCUGGAGGCGCUGCGGGCCGAGCUGGAGGGCGAGCGGCUGCGCUCGCACGAGCUGCGCCGCCGCUUCGCCGCCGAGGCGCGCGAGCUGAAGGAGGCGGCGGCGCGGGAGCGGCGGCGCUUGGCCGAGCGGCUGCGCUCCAAGUGGGAGCAGCAGCAGGCGCGGGAGCUGCAGCGGCUGCGCGAGCUGAGCCGGCGGCAGCGCGCGGCCGAGAUCCGGCAGCUGCUGCGCUGGAAGGAGGCGGAGCUGCGCGAGGCGCAGGAGCUGCUGCGGCGGGAGCGCGACGCCGCCGUGCGCCAGGCGCGGGAGCUGCAGCGGACCCCCCGGCCCUGCUCCUGGGAGAGCCUCAUCACGGCCGGCACGCCGGAGGGCGAAGGCGGCCGYGCGCUCCACGGCAGCCCGGGCAAAUCUCGCUCCAAACCAGAGGAGCAGCUCGGCCCAAUCCAGGCGGAGCUGGAGGACAGCGAGAGCCCGGACGUGGGGCAGUGGAUGAUCCCCAGGGGUUUCAAAGACGCCUCCCUGCAGGAGGAAGGCGACAGYGCGGAGUUUCUGCCGGAGGCCCUGGGGGAGGACCUGGUGCUGCAGUGCCUGGACUCCCCCCCUGAAGGGAAGCCGGGCGCCCGCGGGCCCGUAGGAGAGGGCAGUAUCCAGAGAGCAGGGCAGCAGCAGGACUGGCUGCUCGACAGCAGGUACCAGGAGCUGGUGGAGGAGAACAGCCACCUGCAGAGUGCCCUGAAGGACCUGGAGAAGAGAUGCAGUGACCUUCAAAACAAGAACUGCCUCCUAAGGAAGAGAAGUUUUCCAGAAGUGCGGGAGCAGGUGAAGAGGCUCAAGCAGAAGAACGCCGAGCUAGCCGUCAUUACCAAGCAACUGGAAGAAAGAUCCCAGCAACUACACAAGACCAAUCUCAAGGUGAUCAAUGCUCCAAUACCGCUGCCYAUCCAAAGCCCCAGCGUGGAACUGUGCAUGAAAUCAUAUGCCCAGCAAAGAGCUAAGGAAAUGAGGGAACAUGCUAGAACUCUUCUGGUGAAGGAUAAGCAGAUAGAAAUCUUGCAGAAGAAGUUCUGGGAACUYCAGGCCAAACUGGCUGCAGACAAAGAGGGCUCAUACUGUCUCAGUUUCAGCAACUUCAGUCAUUUGAUAAGCAAAUCUCAGAGAGAAGCGUUAUGCUCCCAGAGACAGAUUGCAGUGAGGAACCUAAAGGAGUCUCUGAAUUCCUCAAGAAGYGUUCAAGAUGUUUCUUCUCCAGCGCGCCUAGUAACAAAGACAGUGGCAACAAGCACAGAUUCGAGCUUAGACAGCUCAUYUUUCUCAAAGGAAACACAAACAGAAAUUAUCACAUUAGCAAAAGAUACAGAGCAGUGGGAAUCACUUUUAGAAAGUGUGCCUGGGAAGURUGAAAACACCAUUUUAAGUACAGGCCAAGUCAACAAGCAGCAGAGAGACCUCUAUGUGGGAGUAGAGCUCGAUAAAAAGCUUAGCCAGCACAAAAACCUGGAACAAGAAGUUUCGAAAAAGCAGAAGAGAUGCGAAGAGUUAGAAGUGCAGCUUACAGAAGCGAUAAAUAAAAAUGCCAGACUUGCUAAAGAAAAUUCUCAGCUCAUUGGGAAGACUGAAUGGACAGAAAAGGUUCAAUCCGAAAACACCGAUCUCAAGGUGAAACUAACACGAGUAACAGAAGAGCGAAAUUCUGCCAUCCAAGAGACAAACCAUCUUCAAACCAAACUGGAAGAUCUAGAGCAUGAGCUGAAAGACAUGAGAAAAAUAGCAGAAAGAAAGCAACAGCUGGAGAAUGAGCAUGAGGAAACAAGGCUGGCGCUGCAGAAGAAAGAAGAGGAAGUCAGGCAUUUACAGAAGGCUCAAGGAGAAGUAAAAGCUGCACAUGAAGAAAUCACACGACAGUUCCAAGCCCAGAUGAGAGAGCUCAAGAAUCAGUAUCAGAAUCAAACUGAACAAUAUAAUCUGUUAUCUCAGGAACUCGAACAAUUGAAAGUAAAAAAAUCCAACCGUAUCAUUUCAGAGCUGCCACAUGUCACAUGUUUUUCUGCAACAACACAGACCGAUGCAGAGGAUGCCCACGAUCUUUGUUGCAGUGAAAAUAGUUCCGAUACUUUUGAGAAGCCCACAAAGUCCCUGGCAAGCCCAGCAAAUACCGUGAAAUCCGAUUCCACACCAGACAGUCCUAGGUCCUGCCACAUUUCAGAGGAGGACGCUGUAAGUGAGAUAGAAGAAUCAGUAACAGACAAACAUUCCUUAAUUCUGGAGUCUUCAAGACAACAACCGGCAAAGCUUAGAGUAUUUCUAGCCCGCUAUAGCUACGAUCCUUAUGAUGGUCCUAACAAGCACCCUGAAAUAGAGCUUCCUCUCACUGCUGGAGAAUACGUUUAUGUCUUUGGAGACAUGGAUGAGGACGGUUUCUUUGAGGGUGAACUGAUGGAUGGCAGAAGGGGGUUGGUCCCCUCUAAUUUGAUAGAAGAAGUUUCAGAUGAUGAGCUGAUGAUGACUGCACCUCCAGACUUCCUCCAGACAAGUGAUUUCUUGCAAAGUGCAGAUCACGAAGUGGGUUUUUGCAGCAGAAGCGAUGGCAGUGGGGGAAAAAAUGAUGGUCUUGAGGAAGGAAUCUGUAGCAGUGGGUUUAUCGAUAGGGCAGGAGACGCAGAGAUUCCUCUUGGUCACGCAUCCGUACCUCAUCCAAGAAAUCUCACAUUAAUGAAGCAAUUUGCAAGAAGUGUUAUUAUUGGCUGGGAGCCUCCGCUUGCACUAGGUAUGUGGGAGGAGGUGCAGAACUACAGCAUUUCUGUAGAUACCGAGUGUAGUUUCUGUAGCCAGAACGUGAGAUUUAGCUCUGAAACUCAAGCAGUGAUUAAAGACCUAGACUUGAAAAAUAAGACCUACCGAAUUUCAGUUCAAAGCGUAACAGAGAAAGGAUAUUCAGACAAGAUGCAAUGUACCAUCCUCGUAGGGAAAGACUUUCAUAUAGCUCCCGAAUGUUUGAAACUUCGGAGCAUCACUCCUACCUCAGCAGAGGUGACUUGGAUGCCAAGCAGCAGCAAUUACUUGCACGCUGUGUACCUUAAUGAAAGGGACUGUGAUAUGGCCAAGCCAGGGGUCUACUGGUAUCAUUUCCAAAGCUUGCAGCCCAACACUGAGUACGAAGCAAGAGUUGAAGCCUGGCCUAAGGAUAUGAAGUGGCACGCUCGCCACAAGUCAGGGCAAAAUUCAGCAACAGUUAGAUUUGUCACUCCGUCUGCAGGAGUACCCCAUGCGCCACUUGAUGUUCAGGUGGAGCCUGGACCAUCAGUGAAUUCUUUGCUUAUCAGCUGGCUACCAGUCACAAUCGAUGCUGAAGGCUCUUCCAAUGGAGUGCAAGUUACUGGUUAUGCCGUGUACAUCAACGGGCAGAGAGUGAAAGAAAUUUUAUCUCCAACAGCUGGGCGUGCCCUGGUAGAUUUGUCCCAUUUAGAAGCAUUCCAAGCAUCUCCAAAGGUUUCUGUGAGAACUUUGUGUCCAUAUGGAGAAUCUGUUGAUUCGGUGCCAGCUGUGAUUCCUCCAGCCUUGUUGAAUGCUCCCAGCUGCUCCUGCCUGCCUAAGUCUGCAUCUGUAAGACUGACACCUGGAAAGCCGUAUGAGGAAUUCCCAGACUCUCAGACUGCAACCCACAGCACUUCCUCUCUCUCCUCCUCACAGGUAACAAAUCAAGAUGCCAAACUGACCAUUCCCUUCACUGACAAGGGCUGCAGCUCUGUAACUUCACCCCCAGCAAAUAUUUCCCCAAAACAGUUUUCUCCCGAGUCUAGCAUGAUGCAGGGGCUUGCCACAUUGCCACUGAAGUCAGGCAUUGCAAAAAAUCAAGGUGAUAACGCGUGUUUACCAGCUUAUCAUCAGGCAGAAGUCAGUGCGCAGGCAUCAAGACUUGACUUUUCUGCUACAUGGCAUGAAGAUUCRUUAGGGUUUAGGCAAGAAGAUUUUUUUGAGGAUGUUCAGUGGAAUAAGACAGGAAAACAGUGUGUCCUUAAAAGCAAUUUACUCGAAAAUCCGCCAGUCAAAAGCAAUAUGUACMAGUCUAGGAUGGUUCAUUAUGCUGAUUCUGAUAAUAGUUUGGCUGACUUUUCAACUUCUCGGAGAGAUGCUAUGGAAGAUGAUGGAGCUUGUUUGAGCUCUAUACAUCUAUAUUUUAGUCAGCCUGAACCAGAGAAAGUUAAUUCUAGAGACAAUGGAACAAAUCAGUUAUCUGUCCAGGAAACCCUGUAUGAUUCUACUGAUAAGAAACAAAUAGAGUUACCUGAAGAAAUCUCCAGUGUGGGACAACCUAAAAGGGAAAAAGAGGAAGGCUGGACAUCAAGAAUAGGAAACUGGAAGUCAUAUUAUUCCAAUUAUCAAAGCCAUAGUUAUGGUCUUUCAGAUAUAAUGGAAGAAGAAGAGGGCUCAGAUUUAGGUGUUCAUGAACUAAAUAGCACAGAGACUGCAGAUCAUAAUGGUUCUAGCCUGUAUGAAUCUCCAGCUUUUCCUUCUCAGUAG